CAUAGAUGUAAUCUACUUAAAAUCUUUAAUUGCACGCUAAUGGAGCUUCCAGUUUGAAACAGCUUUUUUUCUAGUGCAUGGGGCUGUCGUGGUGGCCAUGAUAUAAUGUGCAUGUCACUCGCCAAGAUUCACCUAUUCAGACCUCUCACACACUGAACAUCCAGCAUAUUCCUGCACUGCUAAUACCCUGCAUCUGAUUCGGUUGUUCUGUUAUAGAUACUAUAUGGAUGUUACAGUACAGAGACGUUAGGAACUUCUUUGGGGCUAAGGCAUAACUUUGAUUUGUGAUUUUUGUUUGAUUUUGUCAUUUGGUUUGAGCACUUUUGUAAGUUGCUAAGAGUGUAACGUACAUUUUAUAUCUGAGGAAAUGAUAGGAUAGAAUAACUGAAGGAGGAAGAAUGAAGAAAGAGGGAGGAGAAGGGGAGGGACUAGAAGAGAGAGAGGGGGUCUUCUAUGAAAGCAUCUUCUCUCAAGAUGUGGGGACUUUUUAUCAGGCAAACAAAUAAGGAAAAUUAUUGAAGAGCUUUUAUUGACAAUCCAUGGGUUUUAGAUUAUAAAAACACAGGAUCGAGCAUUUGGACGGAUAUAUCGGAAGCAUCUACACUGUAUUUCUAACUAAUCUUUCACACAAAUACAUUAAUAUACCCGGAGUCUAAUUUUUGUGAAUGCAGCAGUGUUCUGGAAAAAUGUGGAAAUGCAUAACAGAUUUCUUUACCUAUGAGACGACCAAGUCCGUGGUGGUAAAGAGCUGGACUAUUGGCAUCAUAAACCGUGUCGUCCAACUCCUCAUCAUCACAUACUUCGUUGGCUGGGUGUUUUUGUAUGAGAAAGCAUAUCAAGUGAGAGACACAGCUAUCGAGUCAUCAGUCAUGACUAAAGUGAAAGGAUUUGGAGAGUAUAACAACCGGAUCAUGGAUGUUGCCGAUUAUGUCACACCUACUCAAGGGGCGUCAGUGUUCUGCGUCAUCACUAAGCUCAUCACGACAGAAAAUCAAGUUCAAGGACACUGUCCAGAGAGUGAGUUGAAAUUCAAAUGUGUGAACGACAGUACUUGUAAGAAGCUGAUGUCAAAACCACCUAGCAAUGGGUUACUGACAGGACGAUGUGUGAAUUUCAAUGUUACCCACAAAACCUGUGAGAUCAAAGGAUGGUGUCCCGCAGAGAUUGAUGAAAUUCAGCCAAACCCCAUGAUGGAGGUGGAGAACUUUACCAUCUUCAUCAAGAACAGCAUUCGCUUCCCACGUUUUAACUUCACAAAGGGAAAUUUCUUGCCCAACAUCAAUAGUUCUUACAUAAAGCAGUGUAAUUUUGACUUUGAGAGUAACAUGUAUUGUCCAAUAUUCAAAGUGGGAGAUGUGAUCCGAUUUGCACAGCAGGACUUUACUACUCUUGCUAAAAAAGGGGGAGUGAUAGGGAUAAAAAUAGCGUGGGUGUGUGAUUUAGACAAGGCAGAUGAUGAGUGCAAGCCAGCCUACUCCUUCACUCGCCUGGACGCCAUGUCAGAGAAGACCACUGUGUCUCCAGGAUACAACUUCAGGUACGCAAAGUAUUUUAAAAUGGAGAACGGAACCGAGUAUCGCACUCUGCUGAAAGCCUACGCCAUCAGAUUUGAUGUGCUGGUUAAUGGAGAUGCGGGAAAAUUUGACAUGAUCCCAACUCUGAUCAACAUGGUUGCUGCCUUCACCUCUGUUGGUGUGGGUACAGUGCUUUGUGACAUCAUUCUGUUGAACUUCUUGAAAGGAGCUGACCAAUACAAGGCCAAGAAAUUUGAAGAGGUAUCAGAUUCACAUAUUCAGAGCAAUAAUUCAUUGUACAGGACCAGAGACCACAGCCAGCAUUCAAUCAAAACUGAUGAGAAGUUCUCCAACGACUCCGGAGCAUUUUCCAUUGAUCGUUAUAGUUAAAAGGGCUGGUCACAGCACUUGGGGAAGGAUUGG